AUGCAGUCUCAGAUCAAAUUUUCCCACAAAUUGCAAACGCAAGACUCUACCAAAGCAGCUUGGGAGCUGUUGCAUGGAGAACAUCAUGGUGGAGAUCAUGUUAGAUCGAUAAAACUUCAAAAUCUCAUACGUGAAUUUGAAUAUACGAGAAUGCAUGAUAAUGAGUCUUUGUCUACUUACCUUACUAGACUGAAUGGUUUGAUUAAUCAAAUGAAAACGUAUGGUGAAAUGCUCUCAAAUGAGAGGCUUGUUCAAAAGGUCUUGAUUAGUCUAAGCAAGGUAUAUGACCCGAUCUGUUUGGUGAUUGAGAACACUAAGAGUGUAGAGACUGUGGAAUUACAAGAAGUGAUUGUCAUUCUAAAAAGUCAAGAAAAACGAUUUGAGUUGCACAAUGCUGAUGCAACUGAGAAGGUUUUUGCCUCAUUCAUUGUGAGUCCAAAAGGCCAGAACAAGAAUGUAGUGCAAUCUGGUUCAUCCAAGUCUCAAAAGAAUUGGAAUCCUAAGGGGAAAUCAUGGGAGUCAAAAGAAAAGCCUCAACAGAACAAUCCUGCAUCAAAUUACAACUUUAGUUCAUCAGAGCCAGUAAAUCAAGAAACUGUAAAGCCUCAGUGCAGAGUGUGCUCAAAGUACCAUUUUGGAGAAUGUAGGUAUAAAGGCAAGCCAAAAUGUUACAAUUGUGACAGAUUUGGUCACUUGGCUAGAGAGUGCACUGCAAGAAAAUUUGUGCAAACCAAAUGGAGAGGGAGAAAAUACAUUAGAGAAGUGAUGUAUCUUCCAGGAUUGAAGGAAAAUCUGCUGAGUGUUGGGCAUAUGGAUGAGCAUGGAUACUUCUUGGUGUUUGGAGAAGGCAUGUGUAAAGUGUUUGAUGACUUUUCAAUGAACUGUCUCAUCAUCAAGACAUAUGAAAGGAGUCCACUAUCUUCUCAAGCACCAUCACAACACAUCCCAAGUGACAUAAGCAGUGAAGAAAGGAACACUCAAGCUUAUGAUCACUCCCCAUUGAAAUGGAGAAGACUAGAUGAUAAAAAUGGUACACGGGAACUGGUGGCCAGACCAACUGAGAAACCAGUUGUUGGGGUCAAGUGGGUUUACAAAACCAAGCUAAACUUGGAUGGUUUUGUCCAAAAUAAUAAGGCAAGGUUAGUUGCCAAAGGGUAUGCUCAAAAACCUAGAUUGGACUACAAUGAAACCCAUGCUUCUGUCGAUAGAUUGGACAUCAUUAUAACUCUCAUUGCCCUUGUUGUUCAGAAAGAAAGGAAGCUAUAUCAGCUUGAUGUAAAAUCAGCCUUUCUAAAUGGUGUGUUGCAAGAAGAAGUCUAUAUACACCAACCAGAGGGAUUUGUUGUAAAAGGCAAGGAAGACAAAGUGUAUAGACUGCACAAAGCUCUCUGUGGGUUAAAACAGGCACCUAGAGCUUGGUAUGGAGAGAUAGACACCUACUUCAUGCAGUGUGGCUUUGAGAAAAGUCUAACUGAAACUACCUUGUAUACAAAGACAAGGGGAGACAGAGAUAUUCUAAUUGUCUCUACUUAUGUUGAUGUCAUUGUGUAUACAGGGAGUAGCAAGGAAUUGUUGGAAGAAUUCAAAGAGGACAUGAAGAUGAAAUAUGAGAUGAUAGACUUGGGCCUUCUACAUCAUUUUCUUGUAACUGAAAAACUAGUUAAAGAUGAUGGAAGUGGAGCGACAAGUGAAGAGCAAUACAGAAGCAUUGUAAGUAGUCUCUUGUAUCUAACUGCCACCAAACUAGACAUUAUGUAUGCUUCUAGUCUGCUUGCUAGAUUCAUGCAUUGUCCCACAAUCAAACAUUAUGGAAUUGCUAAACGAGUGCUCAGGUACAUCAAGGGGACUCUAGACUAUGGUUUAGAGUAUGUGAAAGGCAAGGAUGCAAUGUUGAUUGGCUUCUUCAAGCAGAAUUGUGUGGCAUUGUCCACUACAGAAGCAGAGUAUAUAAGUGCAUCUGAGGCUACUGCACAUGCUAUUUGGCUUAGAUUUGUGCUAGAAGAAUUUGGAGAGCUUCAAACUAAAGCAACUCCAUUAAGACAAAGCAUAUUGAUCGAAGAUAUCACUUCUGUUCAUCCGUUUGAUGUUUGUUCCUAUGAUGGUAGGACUUUGAAAAUAGAUAACUUGCGCCCCAAGUUACUGAUUUCUAAACAAGCGAAUGCGAAUUUGGGUGAGGAAUAUCUCCCGAGUAAGUUCUUUUCCUGCCUUAGACUGGUGGAACUGACUUUUACAAAACUCAACAGUAAAAAAUCAACUCUAGAGAGACAAAAAGAAGGCUGGAAUUUCAUUUCUGCCUGGAUAGAAGCUUCUGAUAUGGGCUGGACUAGGUAUGCCUAUGCUGGACUGGACUGUCAACAACUUCAACUGCUAAGCUUCAGCUGUAAAUCGAUACCAAAGUUCGAGUUUGGCAGAGCUUUAAUCUAUUUCAAGCCUUGGAAGGCUUUUUGA